UUCUUGGCUGUCAGUGUCUUGAGUCUCAGCCCUACAGAAAUAAUAAUUUCUUUAGCUGUGGCUUAUGAAACAAUACAUCCGGAUAACUCUCGGCACGGCUCAAGUGGUGCUUGACUAUUGCCGGAAGAGGGUCGAACAAACGCUGAUCGCCGAGGCAAAUUACAAGACGAAUUCCAGCAAAAGAACAAGUUUAUAAACGACGUGGCAAAUCUUGAAGCUCAAUAUUAGGCCCUUGCUGUGGGAGAAUAUACUCCUUUGGCUUUGAGUCGAAACAGAGCCUAUUGUGAAGUUCAGAGCAGUCGGGUAAAUAAUAUUUGCAGCGAUGGCGACUGCUGGGUCCGGUGACCCUACAGGCUCUUCGGACUACGAUGGGAAAAGAAUGUCCUCCCAGAUUACAAUUCGCCACUUGCCAUCCCUGGAGAACGUAGCUGAGAUCAAGACAUCGUUCAAUCGUCAUCUGCAUUACACCCUGGCAAAGGAUCGAAAUGUUGCUACACAGCGAGACCACAUGGUGGCGCUGUCACACACCGUCCGUGACCACUUGUUCAGUCGCUGGAUUCGCACUCAACAAGCUUACUUUGACAAAGAUCCGAAGCGUGUCUAUUACUUGUCGAUGGAGUACAUGCAUGGACGCACACUGACCAACGCCAUGAUCAACCUGGGUAUUCGCGAUCAGUGCGACGAAGCAAUGUACCAGAUGGGACUUGAUCUGGAGGAACUUCAAGAUCAGGAAGACGAUGCCGGUCUAGGAAAUGGCGGACUCGGACGAUUGGCUUCAUGCUUCUUGGACUCCAUGGCUACUUUGGCUCUGCCGGCGUACGGCUACGGUAUUCGCUACGAGUAUGGCAUCUUCCGGCAGCACGUCAUCAACGAUCGCCAGAUGGAGUAUCCCGAUGACUGGUUGGCAAAUGGCAACCCAUGGGAGCAGCCCAGGCCAGAGUACCGUGUUACGGUCAACUUCUAUGGUCGACCUGAGCCCGUCGACGAAGCCUGCCUAAAUUGGAAGUGGGUGGACACUCAGCCGGUUCUGGCCAUGGCGUAUGAUUACCCCAUACCUGGCUAUGGCAAUGGAGUGGUGAACACGAUGCGACUGUGGUCCGCUAAGUCCCCUGUGGAUUUCGAUCUUUCCUAUUUCAAUCACGGUGACUACAUCCAGGCCGUGUGCGAUCGCAAUCUUGCCGAGAACAUCACGCGAGUGCUGUAUCCGAAUGACAAUUUCUUCGAGGGCAAAGAGCUUCGUCUCAAGCAGGAAUACUUUUUGGUGUCCGCAUCGCUGCAAGACAUUUUCCGACGCUUCAAGAAGCUGAAGGCCAAGGAUGCAAGCAUUGUCUCUCAGGAGCGACGGGACUUUGAAGAAUUCCCCAAAUUUGUCGCCAUUCAGCUGAACGACACUCACCCGUCUCUUGCUGUUCCCGAGCUGAUGCGCCUGCUCAUGGAUGAGGAGCACAUUGGAUGGGAUCAGGCUUGGUCGAUUGUGACGCGCACUGUGGCCUACACAAACCACACACUCCUGCCCGAGGCGCUGGAGCGGUGGCCGGUCGAACUGCUGGACAAGCUGUUGCCACGUCAUCUGAUGAUCAUCUAUGAGAUCAACGCACGCCAUUUGAAGAGCGUUCAGCAGAAGUACCCUGACAAUGUUGAUAUGAUGCGGCGCCUGUCAAUUGUUGAAGAGGACGGUGGCAAGCGCAUCAACAUGGCCUAUCUCAGCAUUGUAGCAUCCCACGCUGUCAACGGUGUGGCUGCCAUUCACUCCGAAUUGCUCAAGGCCACUAUGUUCAAGGACUUCUUUGAGUUGUCGCCCGAGAAGUUCCAGAACAAGACAAAUGGCAUCACUCCGCGCCGCUGGCUGCUGCUGUGCAAUCCAUCCCUGUCGGACCUUAUCUCAACGAAAAUUGGCAGUGACUGGGUGACUGACUUGUUUCAGCUGAAGAAGCUGACAGACUUGGCUGAAAACAAGACCUUUGUCCAAGCGGUUGCUGAUUCUAAAGCCGACAACAAGCGCCGUCUUGCUUCCUACAUUGAGAAGAACCAUGGCGUGAAGGUGCCAAUCGAUUCUCUCUUUGAUGUUCAAGUGAAGCGUAUUCACGAGUACAAGCGCCAGCUGAUGAACGCUCUGCAUAUCAUUACACUCUACAACCAGUUGAAGGACAACCCAGAGAUGGACUUCACGCCUCGUGUUGUCAUGAUCGGCGGAAAGGCUGCACCUGGUUACCACAUGGCCAAGGACAUCAUUCAUUUGAUCUGCCGCAUCUCCAAGGUGAUCAAUUCGGAUCCCAUCGUUGGAGACAGGCUCAAGGUGAUCUAUCUGGAGAACUAUCGCGUCAGCUUUGCUGAGAAAGUUAUUCCAGCCACCGAUCUCUCUGAACAGAUCUCACUUGCCAGCACAGAGGCGUCGGGUACUGGAAACAUGAAAUUCAUGGCUAACGGUGCGCUGACUAUCGGCACCCUGGACGGUGCUAACGUGGAGAUGCGAGAGGAGAUGGGCGCGGAGAACAUCUUCGUCUUUGGCAUGACUGUGGACGACGUCACUGCAUUGCGCAAGAAGGGUUAUACACCACGCGAGUAUUACGAGUCUCUUCCUGUGCUGAAGCGUGUCUUGGACCAAGUGCGAUCUGGUGAAUUCAGUCAGCCCGGCGAGGAGACCGAGUUCCACGGUCUCGUGGACAACCUGCUGAACCAUGACAGAUUCUGUCUCCUGGCUGAUUUUGAAGCAUAUAUCAAGUGCCAGGAGGAAGUUUCUGCUUUGUACAAGGAUCAACCUGCUUGGCAUCGCAAGGCCGUACUGAACAUUGCCUCAUCCGGCAAGUUCUCCAGCGACCGCACGAUCAGCGAGUACGCACGCGACAUCUGGGACGUGCAGCCGUUCGAAAUGCCAGUCCCCGCCGCCAACCAAGCACCCACGGAUGUUUAGUGCGAUUCGCGGCUAACACUGAUCGUGUCCUUUCCUCACCCGAGACAUACCUAACCGACCUACCUGCACCGGCCAUAUACCAUGAUUCAGCCUCAAGCUCAUAUUCUCCAUUCUUGUAUGACUCAGUUUUUAAUUUCUCACCAGUGUUGCUCGUGAUUGCUUGUAAUAAAUCAAGUAUCCAGUCUUUUUCAUCUCCCUGUUUUAUUCUCUGUGUUCCGUGUGUAUCCCCUCCUUACCAAUUUAAUGUUUGUUAUCUAUUUUCGCCAUUAGCCGGACCCCAGAUUCCUGGGAGAAUUCCGUCACCCUAGAGCCGGGUGUUUUGUAUUGUAUUAUGUAUUCAACAAUAGAUUCAAGCCUCUUGCUUGCUCUUGUUUUUAGUGAUCUGAUUUCGACUCUAGCCCCUGGUACUCACCCCUAUGCUGUCUUUACUCAUUUGGCUAGUUAACCGUUCGUAUACUAGCACUCUGAAUUGCAUUGGACACUGGACGGUGAUGUUGAA